AUGUGUUCUUCUCGGAAGCUCUUCAAGGAUAAGCUGAAGUGGUGUCAGGACAAUCAGACUCAAAUUAAAAUGGACAUAUUAGCUACUCACCACCAAGCCAAAAACUUUGCAAAGUUUUGGAAGUCCACAAAUAAGCUGAAUCCUAAAACAGGUGUCCCCGCAGCGGUUGAUGGCCAUUGUGAACCAGUCGAUAUCGCAAAUUUGUUCAGAGCUUCCUUCAAGACUGUAAAGCAGGUCCCCGAGCCGGUGUGUCAGGUGUUCUCUACUGAUGAUCGUCACGCGCGUCGAGAGGUUCAAGUAAGGUUUUCUUUAAAGGAGGUGAAUCACGUCAUUAAGUCCAUGACUAGAGGAAAGUCCCCGGGGCAUGACGGACUCAGUAUAGAGCACCUGUAUAUCAAAACGCAGGAUGCGCAGUUUGGGUUCAAACCAGGUCUGUCGACAGAAAGCGCUAUUCUUUGUUUCAAGCAUACCGUUAAGUACUACGUUGACGAAAAAACUCCAGUGAUUGCUUGCUUCUUGGACCUAUCGAAGGCGUUCGACACGGUGUCAUAUGACAUACUAUGGAAUAAGAUGGAAAAUAACACGAGCACUCCGAGGGAGGUGAUUGACCUGUUCCGGUAUUGGUACGGGCAUCAAACCAACCAGGUGAGAUGGGCGGGCGCGCACUCGGACGUGUAUAGGUUGGAUUGCGGGGUGAGGCAGGGCGGGCUCUCCUCGCCACGCUUAUUCAACCUGUAUAUGGAUGAGCUGAUUGCCGGACUCAGCAGCACUAAUAUCGGAUGUUCAGUAGGUGGAACCACGGUGAACAACAUCAGUUAUGCGGACGAUAUGGUGCUGCUGUGUCCGUCAGUCAGUGCGCUAGUGAAGCUUUUGGAGAUCUGUGAGGAGUAUGCAGUCGCACAUGGUCUGAGAUACAACACAAGUAAGAGCGAGCUACUAGUUUUUAAAGCAGGCAACAAGGCCUUUGAUGAACUACCACCAGUCAGCCUGUGUGGUACCGCUCUUAAAAGGGUGACGCGUUUUAAGUAUCUCGGACACUGGGUGACUGAUACUCUUCAGGACGACACAGAUAUAGAGAGGGAACGCAGGGCAUUGGCGGGCAUUCUGUAUCACACGCGCGGCAGGCUGAGAUCGGGCGCGCGCCGCGCCUGGCGUCCUACACACGGAGAUAACGUAAGUACGGCUCGCGGGCGGCGCAGCGGUGGGAUCGCGCGCCGACGCGGGCGAGGGCCGCCGACCGCCGACCGGCGGCCGGCUACCGCUCGCUCGCCUCAGCGCGCCGACAAGGCUUCUUACACCUCCUUCACCUCAGCAGCAACUCAACCGAAGAAGUCGUAA